UAAAAUUAUUAAUUGUUCCAUACCGAAAACAAUUGAUCAUCGUGCAAUGAAUCGACAUUUCCCGUUGACUACAUAUCAAAUGCAUGAAAAUAUUACAUUAGCAUUAAAUAGUGCAAGAGCUAUUGGUUGUAAUGUUGUAAAUAUUGGAGCUAGUGAUAUAUGCAAUGGUACUAAACAUUUAUUACUUGGUCUAUUAUGGCAAAUUAUUAAA